GCGUUAGUCGGUCUUUUCUUCCCCUUUAGCGGUGAAGGUGCAACAGUAAUCGGUCGUCCCGAAUCGGGUUCAUCCGACACCCUCACCAACCCAGCUGAACUGAGCUCAACCUCUACAGCAGCAACAUGGCUCCCAAAUUCGACCCCAACGAGAUUAAAAUUGUGUACAUGAGGUGUACAGGCGGAGAGGUUGGAGCCACCUCAGCCCUGGCCCCCAAAAUCGGACCUUUGGGUCUGUCUCCCAAGAAAGUUGGUGACGACAUUGCCAAGGCCACCGGUGACUGGAAGGGCCUGAGGAUCACUGUGAAGCUGACCAUCCAGAACAGACAGGCAGCGAUUGAGGUGGUUCCCUCUGCAUCUGCUCUGAUCAUCAAGGCCCUGAAGGAGCCCCCUCGUGACAGGAAGAAGGUCAAGAACAUCAAACACAGUGGAAGUGUCGCCUUCGAUGAGAUUGUGAGCAUUGCCCGUGUCAUGAGACCUCGCUCCAUCGCCAGGGAGCUUUCAGGAACCAUCAAGGAAAUCCUGGGUACCGCCCAGUCUGUUGGCUGCACCAUCGAUGGUCGUCCUCCUCACGACGUCAUUGAUGACAUCAACAGCGGCAAGGUUGAGUGCCCAUCCGAGUAAAUGGAGGAUAAACAAAAUAAAAUUUGUGUACAAAA